GCAACUCGAGGGGCGCGAAAAAAACGCUCACCCAUUCGCGUGGCGAGAAAAAAAAAAAAAAAAAAGUGAUUCGUUUUUUUUUUCUUCCCCCUUUUUACUUCGGCAAGUGGCGAAGGGGAAAAUUCAAACUGAGCGGAUCCAGCAGAGGGGCACUUCCGCCCUCGCGAGCAGGCCGCAUGGGCGUAUACAAGUGUAUAUGCGCGUAUAUAUGCGUACAUAUAUAUACAUACAUACGUACAUAUGUAGGAACAACCUUUCUGCCUCCCUUCUCGAGCGAAGCCAGGCGGCCAUGCCGUAACGUCGGCUGGCGAAAAAAAUGCGAGUUGGUUCGCAGCGGUUACGCAGCGGUUUCGCAGCUGCUAUGUAGCUGCUAUGUAGCUUCCACCCCUGUUAACGCCGCCUCACCCCCCCACCAUGCUGUCGCUGAAGGCGUCCCGGGCGGACAAUUUCUACUACGGGAGCGUGGAGGAGGAGCGCGCGAAGAAGAAGAAGCAGCAGGAGGAGAAGAAGAGAGCAAAAAAGAAAAAGGAUUACAGCGAAAUUAAAUUUGAAAUUCCCUACACCAUUAUAUGCAAUAAAUGCAAAGCGUAUGUGUAUAAAGGGGAGAGGUUUAACAGUGAGAGGAGACAAGUGGGGUUUUACUUGAGCUCCCCCUUUUACUCCUUCAGCUUUACGUGCAAGAAAUGCCCAAAUGAAAUUGCCUUCGAAACCAACCCGAAGGACUGCUCCUAUGAUGUCAUCCGGGGGGCCAGAAAAAAAAACGAACAUUUUGAAAAUGUCUUGACGGAACAGGGGCGCAAUAAUGUUAACUCUAUAGAUUUUGAAAAGAAUAAAAAAAAAAAAACCAACCCGUUUCUCCUGCUGGAGGUGGAGGCCCUCCGCAGGAAGGGCCAAGCGGGGGGGGGUGGAGAAGCCGCGCACCGGGGAGAGAAGCCACCUGGUUCUGGCGAGGCGCACGAGGAGCUCCCCAACGAGGACCGCUCGAAUGGGGAUCACUCGAAUGGGGACCGCUCGAAUGAGGAUCGCUCAAAUGAGGACCGCUCAAAUGAGGACCGCUCAAAUGAGGACCGCUCAAAUGAGGACCGCUCGAAUGAGGACGACCCCCCAAGCGAAGAACAACUGAACGACGUUAUUAAAGAAAACUACAGAAGAAACGAUAAGUUGAAAAACGACUUCUCUUGCAACAGCAAUCUGAGGAAGCAGCUGAGGGAUAUGAAAAAGGACAAAAUUCAGCAGCUGCAGGAGCGCAAGCGGAAGAAUAUUUUUAUAAACAUUGUGGAGGGCGACCCCCUCGAGGAGGUGCUCGUAAAGAGGUACGUGCGCUUUGGGGAGAAGCUCAGGCGGACCAGGGGCGCCCAUCCGAGUGAUCAGGGUGAAGGCGUCCAUCUAAGUGAUCUCCGCAGUAAAGACCGCCCAGGGAACGGCCCCCCGAUUAAGCAGAAACUUGCGAAGAGCAACUUGAUAAAGAAGAAGAAGAGCAGCAUAUUUGACCGGAAGUACCUCAAGAAGGGGAGGUAG